AACACGUGUGUUCGUGUGGAUGUGGACUAAAAAUAUUCGAUCGGACAACGCGACGCGUGCGUUCGCUUGCAGCUAUCUAUGGGAAGCAUUUCCGAAAUGAAAAUUUUAAUAUCUUAUUCAUUUCGAAAUACCGUAGUCGGGGCAAGUAAAUUAGUUCAUCUGGUUCGAUGUACCUGUCGUUAAAUAAUUUGAGGCGUUUCCCUGUGUUGCAGUGUGAGGCUGAGCUGCCGGUCGAGCUUGAAGAUUCCCAAUAAAGGUCGGUGAUGUUCAAAGGCUAGCGUCACUUUCACAAGAAGAAGUGCGAUGGCUACUACGUGUGCGUCUGAGUCUGGCCGAUGGCCUCAAAAUAUUGGAAUUCUGGGUCUUGAAAUUUACUUCCCAAGGCAGUAUGUGUCUCAGGAAGAUCUGGAAGUAUCUGAUGGAGUGAGUGCCGGAAAGUAUACGAAAGGUUUGGAACAGCAGAAUAUGGGCUUCUGUUCGGACCGUGAGGAUAUACAGUCGAUUUGUCUUACCGCGGUGAGCACACUGUUUCAACGCUAUGGAAUCUCGCCCGCUCGUGUGGGCCGAUUGGAAGUAGGCACAGAGACCAUCUUGGACAAGUCCAAAUCAGUGAAAAGUGUCCUGAUGCAGCUAUUUGCGGAGAGUGGCAACCAUAGCGUGGAAGGCCUGGACACCACUAAUGCAUGCUAUGGAGGAACAGCAGCAUUGUUCAACUCCAUCAACUGGAUGGAGAGCAGCUCUUGGGAUGGCCGUCUUGCUGUGGUGGUGGCUGCUGAUAUUGCAGUGUAUGCCGCAGGGCCUGCACGUCCCACUGGUGGUGCUGGUGCUGUUGCCAUGCUCAUAGGCCCUAAUGCACCGCUGGUGUUUGAGCGAGGCAUGCGUGGCACCUAUAUGGCACAUUCGUAUGACUUCUACAAGCCAAACCUAUCAUCAGAGUACCCCACAGUCGACGGGGCAAAGACUCUGUCGUGCUACCUGGAAGCACUCGACAAGUCGUAUGAAGACUUCUGCAAGAAAUCAAAACACACGCUUGGAGAGGAGUUUUCUCUGGACAAGGCUGAUUUCAUUCUCUUCCACUCUCCAUUCACAAAGAUGGUCAGGAAAUCACUGGGUAGACUUCUGUUCAACGACAUUGCGCGGUUUCCUGAGAUGCUUGAACGUCAACCAGAAUUGCAGUCACUUGCUGGUCGUACACUGAGUGACACAGUUGGAGAUCGUACUGUUGAGCAACUCCUUGUCAAGUCUACCACUGCCAUGUGGAAUGAAAAGACUGAACUAUCGACCCUCACUGGCCGAAACAUCGGCAACAUGUACACUGCUUCAUUGUACGGCUGUCUGGCGUCGCUGCUCGCACAGAAACCUGCUGCAGAGCUCAAAGGCCGUCGCUUGCUAAUGUAUUCCUAUGGAUCGGGUUUGGCCGCAUCUAUGUACUCCAUCCAGUGCCGUGGGGCACCCGAUGCAGCCGUAACCCUAGAUGCUCUCUGUGAGAGCCUCUCGGCGCUUCCCAAGCGUCUGUUAUCACGCGAACGUGUUACUCCUGAACAAUAUCGGGCGGUGAUGGACUUGCGGCAGGAGAAACACCAUGCUGCACCAUAUGAACCCGUUACCGAUGUUGCCACUUUGUGGCCUGGUACGUACUAUAUUGAGAGUAUCGACGACAUGCAUCGUCGUGUUUAUAGUGUUCAUGACAAGGCUGGACAGGGACACGUGUCAAACACCCUUACCGUGACCAAUGGUCAUUAGCAAUUCCAACUGUAUCAUGAUCAGUGUUUAGAGGUUAUGAGUUUGUCUUGUACUUGCCGGGGCCGUGCACAGCGAUCAACUCUCAUCAUUAGCAACUCACUUAUACUACUUGUACUACUACUACACAUGUUCACAUGUUAUCCUGUUUAUCCUGUUUAUAAUUGUUAGUAUGGACUCAGAUGGAGAGCCAAGGUUUAAUUUUUACAAAGAGAAAGACCAAGGAACUACAAGUUACGCUAUACUGUCCACUAACACCACCAGUUACUAAACAAUCAGCACAUGCGAUAACAUUGCACGACACUGACGGUACUGACGUUCUACAACUAACUGACUAACAGCUCUAGCACAUCUUGGAUGCGCACUCCAACAGCCUUCCAACUUGAAAGGUUCUAAGUUAUAGAAAUAACAUAAGGAUGUUAUCGCAUGAGCUGAUUGUUUAGUAACUGGUGGUGUUAGUGGACAGUAUAGCGUAACUUGUAGUUCCUUGGUCUUUCUCUUUGUAUAAUUGUUAGUGUUGUACAAACAAUCCUGUAGACAUACUUUCCUGAAGUUUUCUCCCACCCGUGAUUUUGUUGUUGUCCCACCGUUUUCUAGUACCACCCUUAGUCGAUUUCAACUAUCAUUUUGAGCUUCACCUUCUUGGAAGGAAUAUGAUCAUGGAACACAUCAAGUAUUUAUUUAUAGGCACCCUUUUAAUAUUACGUUCUGUCCAAUGUCUGUACCCGACAUUCAUCAUGAUUGUUUCACGCGCCUAUCUAGCCUAGGGUUGUGGUGCUGUUCUUGAAUCGCUUGCUAAGUUAUUGAGGCAGUGAGCUAUACGUUGAAAAGCAUUGCAGAGGUGACUAUUCAUGCCAGUUAUCA